UAUUAAUUUUUUUUCUUUUUUUCAUGAUAAAUAAAUGUGCCUGAAGUAAGUAAAAAUAAAUUAAAUUAUUAUUAAAGGCAUCAUUAAUUUAUAUUUUUUGUUUAUAUAAAAAAAAAAGUUUAAAAAAAAAAAAAAUUAAAAACAUUAAAUCAACAGUUUUAAGCAACUUGUGAUAAUAAAUUUUUAAAAGCCAUAUAUUUCGUUUGUUAUAAUAAGUAAUUAUGAGUGUUAAAAAAAAAAGAUGUUUUGGAAAAAUUAAAAAUAUUGAAAUUGAACCUGAAAACAAAAAUAUUAUUAAUAAUCUCAGUGAUGAUUGUAUUGCUGAAAUAUUUAAAUUUUUAUGUCCUCUCGAAAGACUUCAAAUGAAAAUUGUUUGUAGGAAAUGGAGGCGAGCCACUGAGUUGGCAUGGAGUGACAUAAAAAAAUUAACUAUUGAUUAUGAUGACGUCUGGAAUUUGCCAAAUAUUGGAGCAAUAAUUAAUCAUUGUGGACGUUUUUUAACUGAGUUAAUAUCUGAAAGAUUUUGUGAAUCUAUAUUGCUACCAUUAAUUGGAAAAAAUUGUCAUAAUUUAACGAAAAUUGAGCUAAAUGUUUCGCUAAAAUGUGCUGAUUAUUAUGACUAUCAAAAUGCAUUUUCAAAUAUGAAAAAAUUAAGUUAUAUUAAAAUAACUGAUCACAGAUUUAGACAUCAGUAUGCUUAUACCACAAGAAUUUACACAUCAAUACUACAUGACAUACCUGAAAACAUCAAAGAAAUACAUUUUUUAUCAACUGGAUCAAUUGUACGUUCAACUGAUGGAUUUCUAGCUACAAUUCGUAAAUUUAAUAAUCUUCAAUGUUUAACACUAAAUAAUUGGCAAUUGGGUUAUCCAGCAAUGCUGAUAAUAGCACUCCUAAAAAAAAUUGUCAAUCUAGAUUUAAAAUUAUGUAGUAUUGAAAAAAAAGGAUUGUCUUUAUUGGAAUGUCUUGAAAAUUUAGAACAUUUAAAUAUUGAAAAUGUUCAUGGUAUUGAUAAUGAAUCAAUAAUGACAAUAGCAAAUACAUGUAAAAAAAUUAAAUAUUUAAAUAUUAAUUUAACACAUUGGUGUAUACCAGCAGAAUCAUUAAAAAAAUUAUGUAAAUUAAAUAAACUAGAGACAUUGUUGAUGAAUAAUGUUGAUAAUGCUAAUGAUGACAUGUUUGAUAAUAUAAAUAAUUUACGAGUAUUAGAUUUAUCUGAUUGUCGUCAAAUAACUGAUGCUGGUGUUGAAAAAAUUAUUAAAAAAUGUCCAAAUUUAGAGACAAUUGAUUUAUCCAGAACUGGAAUAACACAUGAAUGUAUAUUAUAUGCAAAUGAAGAAACAAAAAAAAGAGUUAAUAAUAUUGUAUUGAUAAUAACACUGAGAAAUACAAUUGCAACUUAUUUUCAAAGUGCUCUUGAAGAAAAUUCAAUUGAUGAAUCACCAUUUUUAUUUCUUGAAAUGAGUGAUGAGGGCUCGGAAUAUUGGGAUGAAUUUAAUGAUGUUGCCAUGUUGGAUGAAGGACAAGAGUCUGAUUAUGAUGAGACAUAUGUUGUUCCUGAUGAAGCAUUUAGACAAGAUAAUUUACAUGAUGAUGAUGUCGAUGGUGAUGGUGAUGAAGAAGAAGAUGAUGAUGAUGAUGGCAAUGAUGCUGAUAUUGAUGAAAAUAUUGUUGAUAAUAAUUAUGACGAUGAUGAUGGUGAUAAUUACAUAGGAAAUGAGCAUGAUUAUGCUGUAGGUGAUGUGUAUGAUGCUGAUAUUGUUGAUGAUCCAAAUGAUUAUUUUGAUGAUGAACGUGACUUUGUUCCUGCUGCUGUGUUUGAUCAGGAUUAUGAUUACUCAUCAGAUUUAUUUAAUGACAAUAUUGCUGAUGAAUUUAAUGAUGAUAAUAAUAUUGGCGAUGAUGAGGAUCAGUUAUUAAAUGAUGAUGAAUUUACUGAGAGUGAUUAUGCUCAACUUGAGGCUGAUAAUAAUGAAUAUAAUCUUAUUGUUAAUUAUGAUAUUAAUGUCGAUGAUGAUGAUUAUUAUUAUUAUAAUAAUAGUAAUAAUGGUGAUGAUAAUGAUGAUGAUGAUGAUAACGAUGAUGAUGACAGCAAUUAUUAUUAUUUUUGAAAUAUUAUUAAUAAAAAUCUAACAACAUAUACUUA